UCAGGAUGACUCAUCAGUUUCCAUCCCUGUCUCCGGAGCAGAAGAAGGAGCUCUCUGACAUUGCUCAGAGAAUCGUGGCUCCAGGAAAGGGAAUCCUGGCUGCAGAUGAAUCCACAGGCACCAUGGGAAAGCGCCUGCAGAAAAUCAAUGUGGAGAACACGGAGGAGAACCGUCGCUGCUUCCGUGAGCUCCUUUUCUCCUCGAAUCCCUCAAUUGCAAACAGUGUGGGCGGGGUCAUCUUCUUCCACGAGACUCUCUACCAGAAAUCGGACAGCGGCAAGCUUUUCCCCCAGGUGGUCAAGGAGAAGGGCAUCGUCGUUGGAAUCAAGGUGGACAAAGGCACAGCUGGUCUGAACGGAACAGACGGAGAGACCACCACACAAGGUCUGGAUGGGCUGUCGGAGCGCUGCGCCCAGUAUAAGAAAGACGGCUGCGACUUCGCCAAGUGGAGGUGCGUGCUCAAGAUCUCGGACGGCUGCCCAUCGGCUCUCGCCAUCGCAGAAAACGCCAAUGUCCUUGCCAGAUAUGCCAGCAUCUGCCAACAGAAUGGCCUGGUGCCCAUUGUGGAGCCAGAGAUCCUUCCCGACGGGGCCCACGACCUGCAGCGCUGCCAGUAUGUCACAGAGAAGGUCCUGGCUGCUGUGUACAAGGCGCUGUCUGACCACCACGUCUACCUGGAGGGCACUCUGCUGAAGCCCAACAUGGUCACGGCUGGACACUCCUGCACCAAGAAGUUCACCCCUCAGGAGGUUGGCAUGGCUACAGUAACUGCUCUGAGGCGCACUGUCCCAGCUUCAGUCCCUGGCAUCUGCUUCCUGUCUGGAGGCCAGAGUGAGGAGGAAGCGUCCCUCAACCUGAACGCUAUAAACCAAGUGCCCCUCCACCGCCCAUGGAAGCUGACUUUCUCCUAUGGCCGUGCGCUCCAGGCCUCUGCUCUCGCAGCCUGGCAGGGCAAAGCCGCCAAUAAGGGCGCCGCACAGGAAGCUUUCUGCAACAGGGCCAAGAUCAACGGCCUGGCUUCCAAAGGAGAGUACAAGCCAUCCGGCUCAGCCGACCAGGCCUCCAUGCAGUCUCUGUACACUGCCAGCUAUGUCUAUUAA